AUGGAAGCCGAAGGCCUCGUACCAAAAGGCAUGAAAGAUGAGUCUCUUGGCGACGUCAUUCCGUUUUGGACGGACGACAACUUUCACGACGUUGACUUGGUUUGCAACGAUGGCGUCGUGGUCGGCGCAAACCGGUCCAUCUUGGCACUUCGAAGCGAAAAGUUUCGGAAAAUCCUCUUUGGUACUACCAAAACCGAGACGGUGGACAUUCCAUACAACAGUCAGGCGGUGAACACCAUGUUGGAGUUCAUUCACAUGGGAUCGGCCAACCUGCUCGAUCCACAAGACGACGACGACGACGACGACGACAAGUCCAUGACUUUCGAGGCCAUAUCGCGAGUUCGCACGUUGGUCGCCUUGACGGGAACUGCACUAGCCUUCCACUUGACUGGACUGUGUAAGAAAGCCUACUUUGCCGUGGACCGGUCCCUUCGAGCAAACCCAGCGAUGGCACUCGCCGUAUUGGCACAAUUCGACGAUGGGGUGGACGAAGUGCCAGAACGAGUCUUAGACCGUGCCUUGGCUACGAUUCAAUCCAGUGACAUCGGUCUGGACAGUCUCAAGGACGAAGUCGCGGGUUGCCUUUUGGGAGAUCUUUCCUCGUACGUAAUGGAAGAGGUCUUCAAGGACGAAACGGCAGGACAACCCAAAGACCAACAGCAGCUCUUCCAACUUGUGAAUAUGUGGUACGAGCAUUCGACCAUUGAUCAAGUAUCGGCUCGUGAGCUUGUCCUUGACCACUUUUGCCUCGAACGAAUGGAUCCAGUAUUCUUGUCAUCUUCGCUGGUCAUGACUUCCGAUUUGGUGGACCAAGACAUGUUGCUCGAGGCAUUCCGAAGUCAAGCUGUCGCUGCUCAAAAGCAGUACGGGAUGAUUCCUCCCGUCGCUCGGCUUGCCUUUUGGAAACGUUCCUUGUCCACUUUCACCCAAGCAAAGGAGGGACAUUGUAUGGACGUGUUGGAGUAUCCCGCCGACAAGACUCAAAAGCGCAUGAAACUGCGUUGGACGAUUCAAGUUCUCGAUGAUGGUGCCAAUAGUCUUUGCGUCGGUGUUGCCUUUUGGUGUCAAAAGACUCGUCGUCCGGCAGUGUUUGGAGGAAAACACAGAGUUUUUGCGUUUCGAAGCGACGGCAUGGUCAUGGCCUGCGAACGACUGCAACACAAGUCCCGAAUUUCGUUUCCUUCGGGCUCCACGGUCACCAUGACGCUGCAUCUUCCCGACGAAGUGGCGGGGGUUGCCUUGCUGAAGGCUAGUGUCUAUGGCACAUGUGCGAGUAUGAAAAUCCUGUUUUUGGCGGAAGAACCCAACAUGGAACUUUUGCCUUUCGUAGCCAUGGACGCUCCAGGGCAUGUUCAGUUGGUGCGUAUUGAACGGUUCUAG